AAUUACUAUCUCACGCGUAACAGACAAAAAUAGUUGAAAGGUCUGUUGCAUCAAUCGAUAUGUCAUGAUAUUAUUAACGAGCGGUGGUACUAGGGCGCGUGUAGAGUAUAAGCCCUCAAUUAUUUUGGCCUAGCGUAUGACAACUGAAGCGUCCAGUCCUUCAUCCCUAAACUGAUACGCCGGGGACUCUGUUAGGAUCCGUCCGUUACUCUAUCGAUUGGGUACUAAAAAAAACAUGAUUAAUGCCAAUGUAGCAGCGAGAGAAGGAUGAACUCCGUCAUCGCGGUAACCUGCACGAAAAAUGGGCGAUAAAAGACAAUUCUCUCGGAUCACAUCAUGUGCUUUUUGGUUGACCACAUAUUGUAUUUAUCAUGCCGGAAACUCCUGACAAUGACGAUUACCAGAGCGUGUUUGCCAUGAGUAUUUGAUCUCCAUUAACAAAGGGUCUGUUUGACAGUGAUUCAUACACGUGUACGUAGCGCACACGGACACGCACACACGUACGCGUGCAUCUCCCGUGUAUGCUCGCCAGAUGUCCGAGUGCGGGAUGCUGCGUCGCGGCGCUCUGUCCUCCCACACAGUGCGGUCACGGGGUGGCGCGGAGCAGUGCGACGUGGGGCGAUCUGGCGCGGAGGGAGACGAGAAGAGAGGAGGAAUGCGCCGAGAGUGGAGAACGGAACCGUUCAGUCGCAGCCACGAAGCGGCGCCGUGCGCGACUGAUGACGACGACGGCGACGACGACGCCGACGCCGACGCCGACGCCGACGUCGAACACUCGCGCACACUUCUUUUGCUCUCGUCCGCGUCGCGUCGGCCGUCUCGUCUCUGUUCAUCCGAACUCGGUGAACACGUUCGUCCAAGUCGAGUUGAAAUUCAAUUUCAACCGGGAGCACCGUUGGCCAUCCGAAGCCGGACGACCGCGCGAUUUUCCGUAUUUUCACCUCGCAAUUUCACCGUGAGAUCUUCCGCGUCGGGAGUGCAGUGCCUGUCUCCGAAACGGACCGUCUUGGAUGGUACGACGUGUGAAUGCUUUAUUGAGUUCUCGCCGAGAGCGAGAGCGCAGCGUGGGUAGCGAGCAACGGUGGUGGUCGAGUCUAUAAUUAACCGGGGACGACGCGUUUGGCAACUGAACGAAGCACGAUCCUUGCGAGAAGCAGCUGCAACGUUUGGGGACGACUCUCGAUAUGAAACCAUCUCUCGAUAAAUGAACAAUGACAUACGAAAAAGUGAGGGAUGCAGUUGGCAGUUACGGACUCGUCGUUGGACAUGUUUCAACAACCUCCCGCUGAUCUCUCGAUCGAUCAGCUAGGAUCAAUGAUCGAUACGAUGUAGUAACUUAGGAGAGCAAUCUUCGGGAUACCUGCCAGAGGAUUACCUCGACGAACGACGUAAAUUCCACCGAAUAACAAAUUUUUCAUAAUAAACUAUCCUUGUCGGCACUGUGACGGUAUAAAGUGAAGUAGAUCGAGCGUGAAAUUUAUAUACAAUGAGUGAAUUGUGCAAACUUUUGGAAGAAUAACUCUGUCGUUAAUUUCCCCGGACACAAGUACGCGAAAAUCCCCUCAGCCUCUCGCUUCGUCAUUAUCCGAUAUCGAUUCCCCGGAGUCUCAUCGCGCGGUAAGAAUUAGAAAUAACCGCGAGGCUUAGUCAAAGGAGCGUCCGGGUGAUACGCCUCAGUCACGUUUCACGAGUGUUGCGAUCUCGCGGAAGCUGAAUUAACGGUGACGCUACACCGGGAAGCGACACAGAGGACUCGGGGAUGAUUGAAGCGCUCGAGAAUUUAAACUCGGGGAGAAUGCGUCGCAGGCAUGCCCUGAUCCGCGAUUAGGACGUCGAUCGAUCGCGAAAUUAACGCCCCACGAGCAUCAAACGAGCCACGACGGAACUAUCAAUACCCUAAUAAACGUCAUUCGCACGAUCGAUGGGGUGCCUUUUGUCAGCCAUGACGUAAAGAGAGCGCGAUUUAACGGGAGAGUGCGACAGGUUCAACGUUCGCCGGAAGAGUCGCUGUCGCGGACCCUCGUUGCAUGGUCUCCCAUACGUCUCCCGUACGCCUCGAGUGCGGGUGCGUCGAAAUUCGCGGUCGCGGCAUCCUAGUACCGUUUACGCACGAAUGGAAGAUGAACAGCCGUGCGUGAGGGUGAGAGGGGGACGCUUUUAAGCCGAUGAGAUGACAGUGCUGUGUGCGUUGUGGGCUACUCUGUCCACCGUAGCCUCGAUCCUGGCGUGUUCCGGUUUUUAUUUGCCUUACUGGAUACAGGGACGACUACUGGGGAAAGCAGACGCGUAUUUCAGUUCCUUUCGGCGUUGCAACUACCCGCGAAUCAGGGCUCCUAACACCACGCCCGAGAUAGUUUACGAGUGCGCGAGAUACUCCAGUUUUUGGGACAUACCGAGUGCCUGGUGGCAGGCGAGUACCGUCACGAUGGGAAUCGGCGUCGCGAUCGCAGUGAUUGGGGCCCUUACGCUUCUGGCAGCGGCAUCCUCAUUCCUGCCACACAUUCUUAAGACGCCGAAACACACGAGGAUUCUUGGUUCCUUGCAGUUGCUCGCUGCGAUGAUAUGCGGCGGUCUAAUAAUGUACCCGAUAGGCUGGGAUAAUCGGGAGGUACGGGAGUCCUGUGGGAAAGGGGCCAACGUUUACAAUCUCGGGAAGUGCUCGGUGUCCUGGUCGAGUCACUUGCUGGUCGGCUCAGUGGCAUUGCUGAUGCUGUGCUUUGGCCUGAGCUUCUGCGCGGCGCGGCACAAGCCGACGAACUCGCACACGGAUCCCUUGCGCAUUUGACAAUCAAGAUAUUCUCAGUCGAUUCACGCCUAUGCCUCGCCGAAGACGACCACGACGCUCUCCAUCGUGACGGUCUGUUGAUCGUGUUGCCUGUUGCGUGCCAUGCGCCGUGCGACAAUCACAACCUGAGCUGUGGAUGCAAGAAUAUUGACGGAGCCGUACUAAUUCGUCUUCGUGAAGAGCGACACGCUCUUUGAUUAGCUUCUGCCUGUGAUCGAACAGCGUAAAGCUUUCCCGCUAAUUUGACACUUUGGAUGCGCGAUCCAAUAAUGAGGGAUAUUAGUCGACGCUGUUUCCUGAGCAUCUAACCGAUCCACGCGAGAUUGUAAUUAAUCCUAUUGAAUUGUCGAUGGCUCAUAAGACGAUUAUCAUUGUUGGUAAUAAAGAAUUUAUUAAUCGAUCGAUGAUUAUUCACCGUGCGCUUACAAGAUCUAAAAAAAUAAUUUUCUGUUAAUAUUUUAUAGGAAAGAUUAUUAUUCAUAUAAAUCCAGCACUAGAUUUGACUUUGUUAUAUGCAUAUUAUACCGAAAUAUAAAAGUUUAUUUAUUUAUCUUUAUUAGUUUAAAAGAUAUAACAUAUUGAAAUUUUUGUGAAGUUGUGGAAAUCAUUUAUGAAGAUGAAAGAUAUGAAUAAAAUAGAGAGAUUAUUACAAAUUUUGACUUUAUUAUAUUAUUCUAUGAAUAAUAGUGAUAAAGAAGAUAUUGACAUCAUCCGAAAUCGAUUUGAUUUCUUUUCAAAUGUGUUGUUAAAUAUAAAACUUUAAAAAACAUGUAUCUUUUUAUAUGUAUUUUUAAAUUUAAAAAAUGAAACAAUUUCUGAAAACUGAUAGGGCAUAUCUAGUUUUGAAUAUAUAGUAAUUGUUCGUUUUAACUGGCAUCCAAAUAAAAGUCUUUUUCACUGAUGCGAAAUAUAUAAAAACACGAUAAACAUGAUAAAUAACACGUAAAAAUAUGUGAACAAAUUUCGAAUACUUAUACUAUGGAGCGAAAUCUCAGUGUUGAAUUUAUAUGAUGAAUUUAUCAAUAUGACCUUGCUAUGGUAUAAUAUAAUAUAUUGCAGCUAUAAGCUUCCUGAGUUUUUUUAUCUUUUUCAUACAAUCUGUGACACAUCUGAAAGUAUACGAAAUGCAAGAAAAUAAAUUAAAUAAAGAGCGAAUAUUUGAAAAGAAGAAAAUAUCUUUGAAAAGAGCUGUUUUUCCUUUUUUGUUAUACUUGUUGUAUGAUACAUGGUCAAUAAUAUCCGAGCGGUUCUUAUUUGAAAUCAAGACGACGCAAAUUACGACAGUGUAUGUUUAUCGUACUUCCUAACUGUUACUAUGUACAUUUUCCAUCUUUAACAUAUUCAUCGUCGUGACGAUCAUUGAUGGCAUUGAGCUUCCUGGUGACUGAUACACAAUGAAUAUAUUAAAACACAUGAAUGAUAUUAUAACACGUAAUUAGUUGCAUUUGCAAGAUAAUAUAUACUUUCAUAAUAUUAAAUAAGCUUAACAGACAAAGUGCAUUUAUAAACAAUUUGAUAUUUUUAUUUAUUAAAAUUAUGGAAAUUAUAAAAGGAUGUAUUACAAUAAAUCUUAAUAAUCCAAUUAGUGUGAACGAAAAGUUAGCUAAAUUACGUUCGGCGGUGAAUGUGUUAAUCAUCAAACCAAAUUAGUUACUGAAUAUUAAUCAUUUUAACGUAUUGUCGCCUACUGUAACUUCAUGUUGAAAAAUUAAGGACCAUGUUAAUUCAAUCAUAAUUUUACGUAUAUCGUAAAAACUCACGUGUAAAUACGGAUUCUUGAAGAGACCAUUUACAUCCACCUGUUACAUCCACCAUUCUGUACAAAAACGUAUGCGAGUAGACAAGCACCAUAGCAUUAUCAAGCUGUUUUACGAUAUUCACCAAGAAGCGAAAUCUAUAAAAUAAUAUUCUUCAAUAUUAAUAUCGAUACAUGCUUGAUUUAGAAUCUUAUCAAAAAGAUUAAGUACUGCAUAGUCGAACAAUGUAAACUUUAUAAAAACUUUUUAUUUGCAGAAAACUUAAUUUCCUGUCUAAAUAUUCAUUGAGUUUUAUAACGUGCUUCAUGUUGCAAAAUCUUGUCAUAUUGCUACAAUUGAUAUGUUCCACCAUCAAUGACUAUGACAAUUGUUCUCUCAAUGUGUAUAAAUAUACUGCCGAAAUGCAAUAACAAUAUUUCUCUAAUAGUGGUAUAUUAAACGGAUGUGCCUCAAAAAGGACUUUCGUAUACAUAUUGAUAUACACAUUUGUUUUUAAAAAUGCGUAUUUAUUAAUAUAAUUUUCUAAUAGCAUUACAGUAACAGUAUCCGAAAACUUUUUAGCAAAGUUUUUCCAAAUUCGAAAUCCAUAAACAUCUAAUGUUCUAGAAGUUUUUGACCCAACUGCAAUGUUAACUUUAUAAUCUUUUCUUUUUAAUUUUGGUUUUAUCAAUGAAACUUGUCAUGCAAUUCUUCUAAUAAUGUAUCGCAACGUCACAUGUGUGUUGCGCAGAGUUAAAUAUUCUAGAACAAAAGUAAUAAUCGAUAUUGGUGCCCACAUCAACUACAUUCGCAGUAGUAAAUGUAUAUAGAAUAUUUGAAAUUCGUAAUCUAUACGUGCCAGAUGUAAAGAAUGGUGACGGGGGCGUGCGUCUAAUUAGAACUCAUGUAAAUAGAAAUAUGCACGUGCAUUCAACAUGAAGGUAAAUAAAAGAUGUUUGAUAUGUAAUCCGACACUCAAUUAACAAUGUCAUCUGAAAAUUUUUGUUCUCGUAAUUGCAAAAGUCAGGCAUAUGGUGCGUGACAUGUAAUUUACGAUGCAGAAAACAUGUUAUUAUGGUCCUUCGUACUGUCAUCUCCACGACCGUUUCCUUGUAAACGACAAUUAUGUACAUAAUAUUAUACGUAUUCAUCUGAUGUAAAUGUUACGUAUUAAUAUAUUUUAUAAUAAAAACGAAAUCAAUAACACAAAAA